AUGGAACCUGUUAAAACUCUUAUUACCCAAGAAGAAGAAGCUCUGGAGUCCCCUGUUCUCGAAUCAGAGGCAUCUAUAGAAAAGAAGGCUGAAGCUAGUCAGCCUAAUGAAGCUCGAUCUGAGGGGGAACUCUCAAAAGAAAAGGAAUCAGAGAAGAGUUCCUCAUCUGAGAGGGAACAAGAUAAAAAUGAUCCUCGACCAUUUCCGGACAUCACUUCUGCGAAUGUUCAUGAUGAUGUUGUUAACCUUCCUCAUCAUUCAAACGGUUCGUCCGAUAAGAUUCACAAGGUAUGUGAAGAUAUUUUGGGUGAUGAAGAAGAGAGAAAGUCUAGUAGUGAUUCAGAGAAGGAUGAAUCAGAGCAGUCCCUGCAGGUUCACACUCACUUCAGUCCCAUUCGGACUACUCUAGUAGAUUCUCAAGAGAUGUCAUCAAAUGAAGGAUCAUCUACUGGUGGUGCAAAGCUUAUGAAGUCAAUGACGGCAAUGAUGGGUAUCCUUCAGAAGAAUGUGGCUGAAAUGCAAUCCAACAUGAUAAAGAUUAUGAAGACUCAGAAGUCAAACAAGAAGGAAUUUGCCUCUCUUCUUAAAACUCAUAAUGAAAUGGAAAACGCCAUUGAACUUCAUAAUGAGGUCAUGGAUGGAAUGAAUCUGAUUCAAAAUCAAAUGAUCGAGAUACAAGGUCAUAUGAGCAGAGCUGAUGUUGAGCGAUUGGAACAAGCUGAUUCCUUUGCAAGGCAAAUUCAGACCGCUGAAGAUGCUCAAGAAGGUGCUGAUAAAGAGAAGAACCUCAUUUCCCAAGGCGAUGAUUAUGUGAAAAAGGGGGAAGGAAGUUCUAGAAGUGGCAUCAGCAGUAGAGGAGGCGAUGGUGUUUCAACAGGCACCAGAUCAAAGAGAAAGAAAACUGGUGAUGAAAGCAAUAGGCCAAUCAAAAGAGGUAGAGGUCGCAUCGGUGAUCAUGGUGGUAGAAGUGGUGGAGGUGAUCCUGGUGGUAGAGGUGGUGGAAGUGGUCGUGGUGGCCGUUCUCUCCCUCCUUUUCGAAACCUUCUGAUUGGUGAAGAAUUUAGUAGUCAAGGAUUCUACUACCCAAUCGACCCACUUGUGAAAAGGGAAGAUCAAUAA